AUGCUUGCUCUUCCUGCACCUGUUCCUCCUGCAGCAGAUAUGUCCAUUGAUGAGCACCAGGGCAAUGGAGGUAAUGGUUCUGAUUCUACUUCUUCGGAUUCAUCAUCGUCUUCUACAUCAGAUGAACAGGAGGCAACGCCAAUGUCAACAUCUGCACCCAAGGUUCCUUUGACCCAAGACGAACGCGUACUUCUUGAAGAAUUGCUUGAAGCAGUCCAUGUGCAUCAAGACAUUGAAGAAAAAAACGAUCGUCUCCGGCAUGAAAAUGAACUUCUCAAGCAGGAACUUGCCCAACUGAAGCGCGCGCACUUCUUGUAG